UGGCAACGUCUUCGCAAGUUAAUAAUUUGGGAACUACGCUCGACACACAGGGGGAGAAUUAAAGGAAUUAUAUUCCUCUAUUGUGUGCCUUCGCUAAGGUAAUUAAUGUGACAAGUAUUGAAAUGCACAUAUUUUACAAACACCCUUGAUUAAUGUAAAUAUUAAGGGUAGAUGUAGACUUGAGGGGGAGUACCCCAACUACAUUACAUUACACUCUUUUCCUUUACCCAAGUUUUAUUUUUUUCCACUGGGUUUUGUUACUUGGUAAGGUUUUUAAUGAGGUAACAAUACAUGUAAACUUUAAUGAUCAAAGCAAAGAUCAAAUAAAGAUAGACUUAAUGAAAGAAACCUAUCUUGAUGCUAUACUCUUUUUCUCCGCUCAAGGUAUUUUUCCCACAGAGUUUUUGUUACUUGAAAGAGUUUUGAAAAAGCAACAAGGCACAUACAACAUUCUAUCUACAACUCAGCACAAAGGGGAGUGUUGAAGGAAAUUCUAUGUUGUGUGCUAUCAUUUAGAUAGAAUAUGAAUCAGGGCCUCUCUAUGUAAAUGAUGUAUUAUGGGCAUAUUGGUUGGCCCGUACUUGUAAACCCUACUCUAUCUCUAUUUAUAUGGGCUUUCGGUAAUGAAACUCUACGCUCAAUACUCCCUACAACAUUCACUUUUCUCUCUUUUCUUUUCUCCUCUUUUUCUCCACCAAGCCCUAACCGCCCAAUCUUCUUUUUCUUUUUUCUUUCCUCUCCCCAGUCCCCCCCCCCCCCCGGCAACUCUGCUUCGUGCUCCUACCCCUUCUUUUUUUCUCAGUCUCCCACUUUGUUUUCUUCUUUUGUUUUUUUUUCUUUUACUUAUGGAUGUAAGAUCAUCGGUUUGAGCUUUGGUAAGCAUCCAAUUCUAUAAGGGAGUCUAUGUUCGAGCUUGGGUCAAAGACCGUAUUCAUGAGGGAGAACCGACUUGAAUUUGGAAUUUUUCGUUUCCUAACGCUAAAAAUUGAUCGGAAAAGACAACUGGAGUAAUGGACUCUCCUGAAUUUAGCAGGCAAUAGGCAUUACUCAUGAGUAGGGGUGAAUCCGGGUCCGAUCCCGAUUGCAGACCGUGAUCGCCCGGUCCUAAAAAAAUCAAGUAAAUCGAGCUCAACCCACUGUAUUUCAAAUAUGGGCCUGAUCUGGGUAACCGGGAUAUCUGGUCCCCGUCCCGGUCCUCUCAGGCUCAGACCUAUUUAUUUAGCAAGUUUCAAGCUAUAAAAAUUGGCCGAUCUACGACCAAAAUCGUGACCCCCGGUUCAAUCCCAAAUAUUGGAGCCCGGGACCAGACCCACUGGUAACCCGGUCAGGUACCUAAUCUAGAACCUGGACCGAAAUUACAAAUCCGAUCCGGUCCUACACAAUACUGGACCCAUUUCUAGACUGCGGCGGGCCGGACCAUCGAACAGGUUUCACCCUUAGUCAUGAGUGUUUGCUUCAUUGUUGAUUCCCAUCAGUUGCAUGUGGUCGGUAUGGAGGCAAUAAAGAAACGAAAGAAAAAAAAUGAUGAAAAUGGUGGAGAAGAGCUCAAGAGACAAGAGUCCAUUGAUACGGCAACUAUGAUUAUAAUAGGAUUAUGAUGAAAGGGGGUAAAAGGAAAGUGAAAUUAAAAAUAGAAAACAGCAAAAAAAAAAAAUGAGUGUCAAUUGAUGGCAUAGCACUAGGGGUGGACGGAACCGGGCCGAAUCGGCCCGCUACUGUGCGGGCCCGGACCGGGCCCGGACCGGGCCCGGAUGGCUGAUUCCGGGCUUUAGCCCGGGUUGGACGGGCCUGGCGGGCUUGGCUCGGGCCCUGUUUUUCUUGAACAGGCCCGGG